AUGGAUCCUACGAAGCACAAUCAGAUGGCUUCGAUGCAUGGCUCAGACACACGAGCCAGUAUGGAAAAGACGACAAAUCAGGGCUUUCCUCCCCAAAAGACUGCACCAGUGCCAUGGGCAUUGAUGAACUUCUAUGGAAAUGACACUUCACAACCAUGGGUUCCCGCCGGAAUCUUUCCCGACUCUCAUCAAACUCAGCAGUUGAAUGUCUCAGGCGAUCUUCGGCGCCGCAAUCAGGCUCACUUCGGGGGCGGAUGGAGGAGCCCUCUCGCUUCAGAAUGCGGUACCGUACCACAAUACUUGCCUUCAGACUCUGGUUAUGAGAGUAGGACCAAGCAUAGCGUUGAUAACGCAUCUGUCUUCAACGAUGUGGACCGAAGUCAAGACACUCACAGUAUCUCGGGCCAACUAUUGGACUUUCAACUGGGCCCAACGCCUACCGAGUCUCAUUGGAACCUAGGGGCUACUCCCAUGUCAGUGACACAUCAUGGUGCGGCCGAUAGUAAGCUGGUUUGUGACCACUGCCGUGCUAUCUGCAAGACCAAGUCGGAAUUGAACGUCACCAGAAAGCCUUCAAGUGUGAUGUUCAAGGAUGUACCCGUGCAGAGGGGUUUGGCACCCAAAAUGACCUUGAGAGACACAGAGGAAAACAAGAUAUGGCCGAGAGCCGACAAUUUCAGGCAACACCUGAAGCGGGUGCAUAGUAUCGUUGUGAAUCCCGAGGAUGAUCUUAGCGAAUAUGUUGUCCAAACUACCCAGAGGCCAUUGGGAGAAACGUAUCAACAAAGUACACAAGACGUCCUUGAAGGUGUGGGCGUGGGCUCGGAGGUGUACUACCAGGCUCCUUCUAUGGCCUGGGGCGAUGGUCCAUCGCCAAUGUAUGACGAUGUUCAACUCUCCCCUCAGCAUCCAGGAAAUGGCUUGGAGAUCAACCUCAUCGACCCGUCCUUGACGCAGAUUGGCGGCUCAGCGCGCAACGUCUGUCUUGAAUCAUCCACUGCGGACAAGGCCAUUUCCAACUCCACAUUGCACGAAAAUGAUGGCCAAUCGGUCUGCGACAGCCCUCAAUCUCACCACCAAUAUGUGCAGCCUAGAGAAGUUUCGAAAGCGCCAUCUCCAAGUAUCAUGAUUGGAGAGCGGAGGAGUCAAAGAUCCAAUUUCACUCGCGAAGGCAAUUCCGCGAGCGCUCCUGCCGCCAUGGAGAUGAAUAUCAAUCUCAAUAUCAAUGGACCAAGCAGAGCCCGCAACGAGAUUUUCGAGACAUCUCCGAUAGAUCCUUUGGAUUCCGAGGUCACUAGCACUAACUCGAUCCCUUGUGCUUCGGACGAGACUAUUCUUAGGAGCCAACCUGCCAACAAUGAUUCGGCCCAGGGAGAGCAAAUAUUCAAUCAGCCUCUUCCCGCAUCUCCAAACAAGAGUAUGAGUGAACAGGCCAUGCUCGAGUUACUCUCAAAGAUGCCCAAAACCGUCAUUGAGACAUUUAUAAAGACACAGAUGGAAACGCCUCUCCAGAGAUCCACACCGACCACAAACGGCAGUGCUGACGGCCAGCAUCGGUGUUCAGACCCUGCCUGUGAUAAAGUGUUCAACCGCAGGAAGCACAUGAAGCGUCACGAAAAGCCGUAUGGAUGCACAUUUGCCGGUUGCAAGAAGAAGUUCGGCAGCAAAAAUGACUGGAAACGUCACGAGAACAGCCAGCAUUUCCAGCUUGAGGUAUGGAAGUGUUCCGAACAACGGUCUGAAGGUGACAAUGAGAGUUGUGGCAAGGUUUGCCAUCGUCGGGAAACUUUCCGAAGUCAUCUUCAAAAGGAACACAAGAUGGACGACUCCUCCAAUAUCGAGAAGGUCCUCGAGGAGUGUCGCGUCGGACGAAACGGAGAACCGAAGUUCUGGUGUGGCUUCUGUGUCAAGAUCGUCGACAUCAACAAAAAGGGUGCCACCGCCUGGGCCGAAAGAUUCGAUCAUAUUGACAACCACUACGCUGGACGUGACGGCUUAAUCAAGAAGGACCACUCCCAGUGGGUAGCUGUCGAUCCUGACUCGCCAGACGUCAACGCCACCGGAUCUUCGGACGACUUGAGUGAUGCAGACUCGGCCGAUGACAUUGUAAUCAUGUCUGGCUCACGAAAGUCGACGAUUAAUGGAAGAGGUGUCAACCGUCAGUCAAGAAAGAGAGGCCUGGACGAUGGCGCCGAGCAGCCCGGCCGUAAGCGGAUGAAGACAUUCAUGUGGGAAUGCUGCUCGUGUACAUGGGAGGCAGACCAUAAAGUGCAUUCGGCUUGUGUGAACUGCUCUCACGUGCGUUGUGGUCAAUGCAGUGGGAGGUGGGUUGAGAUUCAGGAAGACAGGGACGCCAACAGCACCGGCGACAGCUCGAACCAGGUGUAG